CGCCUGGGCGUCGGAGGAUCCGGUGGCGGACACAAAGGGGCUGAGCCGGGCUCUAGACUUGGGGGGUUUUGUUUAGUCACAUGCAGCGGAGCAGCCAGUGAGCGGUAGGGGGAAGGGGGUCGCGAGUAGGCGGCCGGGGGAGCCGGGCGGUCGCCAUUGUAAUGCCCUGGGCUAACGGGGCGGGCCGAGAGCAGUUAGCCCGCGGCGUUGUGUGGAGGCUGCUGCGUCCCGGCCUGGAGCGCCGGCUGGGCGCUAACUGUCCACACCCCUCCCCUGACUUGGGGACUGGACCACAUAGCUCUCCCCUCUUCCCCACUGGUCUGCAACAUCUUGUGCGGCUAGGUGCCUGGGAAGUAACUGCAAGAGGUCUGAUUCCCUGGCCUUUGUGUCCCUGGGAGCUUAAUCUCUGCCAGAGGAAAGCAGGUGUGCUCCACUUCUCCCGAGAACCUGAAGAUGAGUUGUCCCAGACCCUUCCCCGUGAUUGGAAACUUAGGUGGUGGAGCUAAAGGUUUCUUGUUGCGAGACUUCCACAGACGACUCUCGUGUUGGGAUCCAUCCAUGGUUUAGCGACAUUAGUGAAAAAGUUUUUUCUUCAACUGUUUAAGUGAUACUGACUUAAAUAGAGUUGUUCUAAAACUUUUGUAUUUAGACUUCAGAUUUUGCGUGAUCAUUAAACUCAACGAGGGGAUACCCACAGCUGGGGGUCUGAAAUGAUGGGCCUGUUUUGUGUACGUGUUAAUUUCCGCAGAAAUCCCCAAACAUCAUCGUUCUGACCAGGCCUGAUGGAUGCCAAGCAUACUGCUGCAUCUGGGGGUUGUAUUAACUUUGCCUUAAUCGUGUAUUCCCUCUCUGCAGUAGUUUAGUUAACGUUGUUUGGUCCCACAAGAAGGAAAGCAUUUCAAAAAUUAGACAACUAAAGUUCCCCAAAGAAAGGAAACCUGCUCUUUGCCUUCAGUGCCAUGUCUCUGGCUGUCAGGAUCCUAUUUCCAGAUACGAGAUCCGAAAAUUCAUCCUUUUACAACAAGCUGAUGAGAUAAAGGAAAAGCAAAAACUCAGUUGAUAACAGAUGAAGAUCCAUCAGGUUUGAUGUAAUUUCGGAUGAGAUUGUUUUUGUAUCAAGAUGUUUCUAAGGCAAAAUUUGGACUAAAUGUGUUAAAUGGUCUUGCCAACAAUAUGGAUGAUUUGAAGAUAAACACCGCUAUUACUGGUGCUAAAGAAGAACUCCUAGAUGGCAGCAGUUUCAUCUCAGAGAAAGAGAGUGGAGUUCACAAACCAAAAGAUUGUCAAACAUUUCAAAAAAACAAUACAUUGGCUCUGUCUGAAGAAUUAUCAGAGGAUAAAUCUGAAAAAGCCUUAAGUGGAGGCCAGUCUACUCUCCUUAAACCUGCUGGUGCUCCUACUGUUUCUAAUGAAAACUGUACCUUGCCUAAAGGAGCUAUUGUUAAUGGACCAGUUUCACACUCCUCCUUAACUAAGACUUCCAGUAUGAAUAAAGGCAGUGUUUCACUAACCACUGGACAGCCAGUGGAUCAGCCAACAACAGAAUCUUACUCAACUUUGAAAGCAGCAGCUGAUCUUCAGCUGUCUACACCACAAAAAGCAAAUCAGCACCAAGUUCUAUUUUUGUUAUCAGAUGUAGCAUAUGCUAAGAAUCCAACCCAUUCCAUUAAAAAACUACCUACCUCUACUUCAGUUGGUUGUGAUGUUCAGAAUUCAGUAGGGAGUAGUAUAAAGUCAGAGAGCACUUUAAUAAACCAAGUAGAGGUGGGUGAGGAUAGUGAUGAUGUAUUGGUAAAAGAUGAUUGUGUCAAUACAUUAGCAAGAAUCUCCUCAGGUACAGAUGAAUUUAAGUCAGAAAAUGAUGCAGACUGGGAUCCCCAAAAAGAGUUCAUUCAGUUUCUUAUGACUAAUGAUGAAACAGUGGAUAAACCUCCAGUUCAUUCUAAAGUAGGUCUAGAAAAAAAGAGAAAGCGAAAAAUGGAUGUAAGCAAAAUAACUCGUUAUACAGAGGAUUGUUUUAAUGAUUCUAAUCGUGUAGCCAAUAAGUCAAAAAUGCUUGAAGUUGAGUUUCUGGAGCAAAAUGAAGAGGUACAAGCAAUAGAGUCACAGAAAUACACAUUGUCAAAAGUGAAGCCUGAAUCAGCUGAUGAAGACUUAGAAUCUGUAGAUGCUUUUCAGCAUCUAAUUUAUAACCCAGAUAAAUGUGGAGAAGAUAGUUCACCUGUUCAUACUAGCACUUUUGUUUCAAAUACCUUAAAAAAGAAAUGUGAAGAGAGUGAUUCUGAGUCACCUGCUACUUUCAGUACUGAAGAGCCAUCAUUCUACCCCUGUACAAAGUGCAAUGUGAAUUUUAGGGAGAAAAAGCACCUCCACAGGCAUAUGAUGUAUCAUUUAGAUGGGAAUAGUCACUUUCGCCAUCUCAAUGUCCCAAGGCCAUAUGCUUGUAGAGAAUGUGGACGGACAUUUCGAGAUCGCAAUUCUCUUCUCAAACAUAUGAUUAUUCACCAAGAAAGAAGGCAGAAGUUGAUGGAAGAAAUUCGUGAAUUGAAAGAACUCCAGGAUGAAGGAAGAAGUGCACGACUACAAUGCCCUCAGUGUGUGUUUGGUACCAAUUGUCCUAAGACAUUUGUGCAACAUGCUAAAACCCAUGAGAAAGAUAAAAGGUACUAUUGCUGUGAAGAGUGUAACUUCAUGGCAGUGACAGAAAAUGAAUUGGAAUGCCAUCGAGGUGUUGCUCAUGGAGCAGCAGUGAAAUGUCCUGUAGUCAAUUCAGAUACAACCCAGAGAAAAACACAAAAAAAGACUUUAGUGAAAGACUCUGUUAUAGGGUCAUCCAAAAAAUCAGCUACAUAUCUAUGUAAGAUGUGCCCAUUUACUACUUCAGCCAGAAAUAUUUUAAAAAAACACAUGGAGUAUUUGCAUUCCUCAGCAUGCAUUGAUUCACGUGGUAGUCCUCUUGGACUUGAUAAAAGAAAAAGUGACAUUCUUGAGGAACCUAUAGAAAUUGAUAGCACUAAGCAAUUAGGUAAGCAACAGUCAGCCACAUUUCCAAAGAACUCUGCUUUAAAACAAGAUGUUAAACGAACAUUUGGACCAAACUCACAGUCAAGUAAUUUUUCCAAAUUCCAUAAGCGGCCACAUAGAAUACAAAAAGCCCGGAAAAGCAUUGCCCAGUCAGGUGUGAACACGUGUAAUCAAAACAACUCUCCUCACAAGACUGUUACGAUAAAAAGCAGCAUUGACCAAAAACCAAAGUAUUUCCAGCAAGCAGCAAAAGAAAAACCCAGUGCUAAGGCAAAUAGUUAUUUAUAUAGGCACAAGUAUGGAAACUACAGGACGAUCAAAAAAUCAGGUGAAUCAUAUCCACUGCAUUUCAAAAAAGAAGUUAAUUCAUUAAAUUCUUUACAUUUGUUUUCAUCAACAAGUAAUUCUCAUAAUUUUAUUUCAGACCCUCAUCACCCAGACACCAAAAGACCAGAAAACUUCAAAGACCACAGACGUGUAGCUGUGAAAAGAGUAGUUAAGGGAUCGAAGAAGGAAAGUUCUGUUGGAGGAGAAGACUUGGAUAGCUAUCCUGAUUUUUUACAUAAGAUGACUGUUGUUGUUUUGCAAAAACUCAAUUCUGCUGAAAAGAAAGAUAGUUAUGAAACAGAAGAUGAUAGUUCCUGGGAUAAUGUUGAGCUGGGUGAUUACACUACACAGGCCAUAGAAGAAGAAACCUACAGUGAUCUUAAUCAGGAGCCUGUAAAUUUAUUCCCUCUGUUUAAAAGCAAGACGGAAAGUCAAGAUCCUGGAGACAAUACUACCCUUAGUUAUGAUCAAAAUGAUGGCUUUUAUUUUGAAUAUUAUGAAGAUGCUGGCACUAACAACUUUUUACAUGAGAUACACGAUCCUCAGCAUUUAGAUACUACCGAAACUCCAUUGUCAAAGCAUAGUUCUGUUUUUCAUUGGACUGACUUGUCUCUUGAGAAGAAGUCAUGUCCUUAUUGCCCAGCAACAUUUGAAACAGGUGUUGGGCUGUCAAAUCAUGUCCGAGGACAUCUUCACAGAGCAGGAUUAAGCUAUGAAGCCCGUCAUGUUGUGUCACCAGAACAAAUAGCCACAAGUGACAAAAUGCAACAUUUCAAAAGAACUGGCACAGGGACGCCUGUUAAGCGAGUUAGAAAAGCUAUUGAAAAAUCUGAAACUACUUCUGAACAUACUUGUCAGCUCUGUGGUGGUUGGUUUGAUACAAAAAUUGGGUUAUCAAAUCAUGUUAGAGGCCACCUGAAAAGACUUGGGAAAACUAAAUGGGAUGCCCACAAAUCUCCGAUCUGUGUUCUAAAUGAGAUGAUGCAAAAUGAAGAAAAGUACGAAAAAAUCUUAAAGGCAUUGAACAGUCGCCGUAUUAUUCCCAGACCAUUUGUAGCUCAAAAACUCUCAUCAAGUGAUGACUUCCUAUCUCAAAAUGUUUUACCUCUUGAAACAUACCGUAAUGGCCUAAAGACUGAAGCUCUGUCAGUGUCUAUGUCAGAGGAAGAGGGGCUGAAUUUCUUAAAUGAAUGUGAUGAAACAAAACCUGAUAUCCCCAGUGGAAAAAAGAAUCAGUCUCUUACACUGAUAGAACUUCUUAAAAAUAAAAGGAUGGGAGAAGAAAGGAAUUCUGCCAUUUCUCCUCAAAAGGUCCAUAAUCAAACUGCAAGAAAGAGAUUUGUUCAGAAAUGUGUUCUUCCAUUAAAUGAAGACAGUCCAUUGAUGUAUCAACCACAAAAAAUGGACUUGACUAUGCACUCAGGUAUGCCUGUGAAGCUUAGAACAUGUGUGCAUUGCAAUACGACGUUUACAAGUGCUGUUAGCCUGUCCAACCACUUACGCGCUUAUGCACGAAAGAAGAGUGAUGGACUUUUGACUGGUACAGCCUUAGAUUGUAAGCAAAAGAAAUCAAGGUCAAGAUCGGGAAGCAAGAAGAAAAUGCUAACAUUACCUCACGGUGCUGACGAGGUUUACAUUCUCAGAUGCAGGUUUUGUGGCCUAGUCUUUCGGGGACCAUUGUCUGUUCAGGAAGACUGGAUUAAGCACUUACAACGACACAUUGUGAACGCUAAUCUUCCACGGACUGGAGCUGGCAUGGUGGAAGUCACAUCACUACUUAAAAAGCCUGCCUCCAUUACAGAAACUUCAUUUUCUUUACUAAUGGCAGAAGCAGCUUCAUAGAACCAGGAAUCUUUUAAAUAGCAAAUUUCAUUGGAUGUAAAUUUGAAAUUGUCUUUUUUUUUUGUAAGCCACAUUAAAUUAUCCAUUUAUAAAUACUAAAGUAGGAAAAUGGGGGAAAGUGAAUUACAGUGACAUUAAAGCAAACUGAAUGCUUAAACAGUAAGUAGUCUAUAUAUUUUAUAUAGGGUGGAAAUGUGUUUCAUGGUUUACUAAGUAUUGUUGGCUAACUAGGUUUGCUCAAUAAAAGGUCUUACAUCUAAGAGCCAUUUAUGAAGUGUUGCACAUGAAUACUUACAGACAGACUUAUUGGAAGAUUAUGUUCUCUGCAGUGUUAACCAGGAUCAAGGCUCUGUUUAAUUUCCACACUUGCAUAGAAAAAUAAGAUAUUAUAUUUUGUUGGUAUGUAUUUAGUGUUUUGUAUAAUACCAGGAACUGCUAACUAAAUUUACUCAACUUAGGGCAUUAAAUAUCAUGUACUUCAUAGUUUGAGACUGUUCACCCAAAUAGGGCAGAGUACUAUUCUAUCUAGAUGUGUAAGUGUUUUUUUAAAAUCAUAUGGAACGGUUUUUUUUUAUACUAAAAAGUGGAGGGAGAUUUGUUUAAACAAGUAUUUCUAAAAGAAAUAUGUACAUAGUCCUGGAAAUUAUUUGUGGUAAGGAAAUAUUCUUUACUCCAGUUGCAUUUCUCAGACAAUAAAGUGGUGCAUCCAUGCUACCUCCUACUUUGUCAACAAAGAUGCUAUUUACCCUUUCCAUUUUUGUAUCAUAAUAGAUUUUAAAAAUCUAAUGUUCUUUAUUGCAAGACAUAACUUUUGUUAAAAGAUUUCUUUUUAACGUUUUACGUAAAAAUUGACAUGCUUACAGGACAGGUUUGCCUCUUUAUUUAACAUUGUAGAAAUGUAAUUAAUAAACAAUGCUCACUACACAAUUUAGAAUAGGCUUUCUCAUUUAUAUUAUCUUCCAAAUUUGGUCAGCUAGCAAAACUUAAUACACAAAAUAUUUCUACAUAUGAUGAGAAUGUUUACAAUUUCAAUUUUAGAACUUGUUUUGGAUGUGAUUAUAUGUACGAAAAUUGUGUAACACUAUGCUCAUGCUAAGAACCGACAUAAUGGAAUUACUGAAAUAAAUGUGCUGUGAGGAAUGGAAAAUAUGGUGCAGGUGUCUUGGUCAUGAUAAAUUGUGGUUAUUCUUUUCAGUUCUUUCCAAAAUCACAUUAGUUCCUUUAAUCCAAAAUUAGAUUCCUUUACAAAUAACAGUUUUGUAUGCAAGCACCAUUCCACUUAAUUUCAUGUAGUCACUAAUAUAGUUGAACCAAGGAUAUGCAUUGAUACUUUUCUUCAUAUGUAAAUAAAGUUAGAAACAGUUAAACUAAGGAGUAUUUUGGUAGAGUAUAUACAUACCUCACUGCCAGUGAAAUUACUUUGCUAUGGUAUAUCUCCUUACCAGAAAAACUCUAAAUAAAAAAGACUUAAAGAAUGA